GACUGCAUAUACGUUGUACCUACAUAUACUUAUCAAAUCUUAUAUUACUAUUACUUUUACUACUACUUCAUACAAAUUUUAAAUUCUAGAUUUUUUAACUAGUGAUUUUUAUUAAAAAUAUCGGAGCAAAUUCGUUUUUGUUGUACGACAUGCGAAUGCAUGUUUGAAGAAGCAAGAAGAGAAAUUUACGAAAGGAGGGUCUACGUAUUUUAGGUUAUAUGUACUGUUUACUAACAAAGUACAAUGAGCAACAUUUACAUUCAAGAACCACCCACGUCAGGGAAGGUUGUGAUGAAAACAACUGCUGGCGAUAUAGACUUGGAAUUAUGGACUAAAGAAGCUCCAAAAGCUUGCAGAAAUUUUAUUCAGCUCUGUCUGGAAGGAUAUUAUGACAAUACAAUAUUUCAUCGAGUUGUCAAAGGAUUCAUUAUACAAGGUGGAGAUCCUACAGGCACAGGAGAAGGUGGUGAGAGUAUAUAUGGAGAACCAUUCAAAGAUGAAUUCCACACAAGGUUACGAUUCUGUCGAAGGGGUUUACUGGCAAUGGCCAAUGCUGGAAAAAAUGAUAACGGUUCCCAAUUUUUUUUCACACUUGCUGCUACUCCUGAAUUGCAAAAUAAACAUACAAUAUUUGGAAAAGUAGCCGGAGAUACAAUAUAUAACAUACUCAAAUUGGAAGAUGCAUUAGUUGAUGAAAAUGAUAGGCCUGUUUUUGCUCAAAAAAUACUUAAAACUGAAGUUUUAAAUAAUCCCUUUGAUGAUAUCGUACCAAGAACAGUUCCUAAAUCAGAAGUUAGUGAGGAAAACGAAAAGAAGAAAAGUAAAAAAGAUAAAAAAGGAGUAAAAGAUUUUAAACUACUAUCUUUUGGGGAAGAGGCUGAAGAUGAUGAGGAAGAAACAACAGUUAUAACUAAGAAAUUUGGAAAUAAAAGUAAAUCAGCUCAUGAUAAUUUAUCAGAUCCAAAACUAAGUUCUGAACCGGUAAUUAGCUCUGAGGAACCACCACCUAAAAAAGUGAAGGAUGAUAAAGACAAUAGCUCAGACGAUGAUAAUGACUCAGAAAAUGUAGAAGAAAAAUAUCAAAAAGAACAAGAAAAAAUAGAAAUGACAGAAAGAGUGCGAAAUAAAUUAAAAAGUUCAAAAAAGAAUCCUGUCAAUGAUGAGUCAGAAGAGGAAUACUAUGUUGGAAAAGACAGAAUAGAUGAAAGAAAAAGGAAAACGGAAGAAAUUAAAAAGGAAAUACGUGAUCUCAAGCGAGAAAUGAGAAACGAUCGAAACAAAAAAGCAGAAGAUGAUAAAAUCAAAGAAGAAGAACAGAAAAAGAAAGAAUCAACCUCAGAAUUUGUCAAAGAAUUUUAUGAAACUCAAGAAGAAUAUAAAAAGGAAACGUUAAAGGUGCCGAAGAAAGGCUCUUCACGGGAAAAUUUUACCAUGCAAUUUCUUAGUAAAUUUAAAAGCAAAAUGAGUUCCGUUAGAGAAAAGUGUAUGGAUGACAAUGACAAUAAUGAUUCGGCAUCGAAUAUCAAAGAAACCAUUGAUGACGAUGAUGAUCUUAAAGAUGAUACUUGGAUGGGAAAUAGAUUCAAAUGCGAAGAGAAAGCUCCAGUUCUAGCUAAAGAUGCCAACACAAAAAGUGAUGAUUGGUUUGAGAUUUAUGAUCCACGAAAUCCUUUGAACAAAAGAAGACGUGGUGAGACAAGUGAUUCCAAACGAAAACCACAAAGAGACAGAAGAUAACGUGGUCGGAAAAGUACAUCGUAAUCUCGUGUAUAAAGUUAUUUAAGAUUAUAGCCAUUAUUUUAUUGUAUAUAUGAUAAGAAAAUAUAUAAUCAAGAAAUACAUUGUUUUAAAUAGCACGAAACCCGUGGUUUACAUUUUUAAUUUAAAGUUUAACCAAUACAAUUUU